AAUAGGCUGAGUGCUCUGGGGCGCCGUGGAAAUGUUUUCCGUACAGCAACAUGGCGGCUUCCAUUAAGUCUUAGAAAUUUUUUUUUUUCUCUUUUCCCCUGAAGGAUGUGGCUUUCAUGACCGCUAUUUAGAUGCGCGGUGUCUCCAUGACAGUCUGGGAAGGCGGCGGGCACUUUUCUGAAAAAUGAAUGGUGAAGCAGGACGUAGUGGCUGCCGAAUGUGGGUGCACUCGGCUCCAGGGAUCGUACUGGUGUGGCUGCCUCCAGGAUUCUGGCUGGAGAUUUGACUGCUCGCCACCGUCUCGCGGUCCUCUAGUGAUCUUACUACCAACGAUCUCCUUCCUCACACAUGGUGUCUAUCAAGGGGGAACCAAGGAUCGAAAGGAUCCCUAUCGCCAAUACUAUCAGAAUUCAGUGACUUCCUUACAUGUGGACAUUUUGGCUAGAUUCAAGGACCAAGCAAGAAAAUUGUGUAAGGCACAGGAAGAAGGARGAUCAAAUUGGAAUUCCAGAUAACAUCAAGUUAAAACCUCUUUGGCCAAGCUGGCUGAAAAAUUUGAAUGAUCAGCUCUGAAAUUAAAAGAUUUUAUUAAACCAUUGCAUUUUUUUCUUAAGAGCUGCUAUAUGUUUUAACAUAUCAUGAAUGCUUAAAUCGUUUUUUACGUACGUGUUCAGUUUGUAUACUUGCAUAUCAGGUCUGUGUAUAUGAAGUUUAUAUUUAUUGAAGUAUAGGAUAUUUAAGAAGUUGAUCUUCAAAGUUUUGUUUUACUUUUAAUUACUAAUUUCCAAACUUUUUAAAAGAAAAGAAUGUCUGUGGUACACCAGUUGUUACCUGGGUGGUUAUUGGAUCAUCUUUCUUUCAUUAACAAGAUAAAUUAUCAACUUUACCAGCAUCCUAAGCCUUGUUGCAAUAAAAAUGAGUCUGCUUCUUCAGUUCACUUGGAUUGUCUUCAAAAGGAUUCUGCAUCUUCUUUUGGAGCCUCGGCUACACUUAUUGCUCCUGACUCUAUCACUAAGCCAGAAAAUGAGGAUUCAAGAAAUUGUGAACUUCCCCCCAAAAAAUAUGUUUUUAGAUCUGAACUAUUUAAUGUCACCAAACCUUAUAUAACUCCAGCUGUUCACAAUAAAUGUCAACAAAGUAAUGAAAAAGAAGAUCUAUUGAAUGGUGUUAAAAAGGAAAUCUCCAGUUCUAUUAUUGGAAAGAAGCGUAAAAGAUGUGUUGUUUUCAAUCAAGGUGAAUUGGAUGCUAUGGAAUACCAUACAAAGAUCAGAGAGCUGAUUUUGGAUGGAUCUUUAAAAUUAAUCCAAGAAGGUCUCAAAAGUGGUUUUCUGUAUCCACUAUUUGAAAAUCAGGACAAGUGUAAUGAACCCAUUACUUUACCACUUGAUACCUGCAAUUUGUCAGGAUUAUGUGAAAUGGCAAAGCAUUUACCUUCUAUGAAUGAAAUGGAACUUCAGACAUUACAAUUGAGAGAAGAUGAUAUGACUGUUACAGAGCAGGAUUUAUUUUCACGGGUUGUUGAAAAUAACUCUAAUUUUACAAAAAUGAUUACUUUAAUGGGACAGAAAUACCUCUUGCCACCGAAGUGCAGUUUUCUUUUAUCUGACAUUUCUUGUAUACAGCCACUUCUGAACUGUAGGAAAACAUUCGAUGUAAUUGUGAUAGAUCCACCAUGGCAGAAUAAAUCAGUUAAAAGAAGUAAUAGGUACAGUUAUUUAUCGCCACUGCAAAUAAAGCAAAUACCUAUUCCGAAACUGGCUGCUCCAAAUUGUCUUGUUGUUACUUGGGUGACCAACAGACAGAAGCAUCUACGUUUUAUUAAGGAAGAACUUUAUCCUUCUUGGUCUGUGGAGAUAAUUGCUGAAUGGCAUUGGGUAAAAAUCACCAGUUCAGGAGAGUUUGUGUUCCCUUUAGAUUCUCCACACAAAAAGCCUUAUGAAGGUCUUAUACUGGGAAGAAUUGGAGAACAAACUACUUUACCAUUAAGGAAUACAGAUACAAAAGUUCUCCCCAUUCCAGAUCACAAAUUAAUUGUCAGCGUGCCCUGUAUUCUUCAUUCUCAUAAGCCACCUCUUGCUGAGGUUCUAAAAGACUACAUCAAGCCAGGUGGGAAGUGUUUGGAAAUGUUUGCUCGAAAUUUGCAGCCAGGUUGGACUAGUUGGGGAAAUGAAGUUCUCAAAUUUCAACAUGUGGAUUAUUUUGUUGCUCUUAAGUCUGGGUGCUGACUCUGACCUUAAUUAAAAUAGAGCUUUUCCUCAGUGUUUCCUCUCUUCAUUCAAACUCAUUCAUUUAUUUUACCACCAACAAGU